GAAUGAAAUCACAUAAGGUGCGGAGUUCACAUCCCUAUCCAAAACGUCUUUCUCCGCUUUGUUUGGGAAAUUUCAACACAGAUAAAUUAUUUUAAAAUGGAAGCAGCAGCAGAAGAAACUCAAAAAGAUGGCACGGAGAGUGUACAAACCGAUAGCAAUAGUAUUGACAAAGCGCAAGCCCCAGCAGUUCCAGAGCCAAAAAAGAACCGAAACAACGACCGCAUGAAAAAAGAUGACAAAAACUUAGAACAGUUCAUGAAAUCGCUAAAUUCAAUACCAACUUUAGAGGAGAAAUUGUCUCUUGUUUGCAAAAAAUAUGUGCAAACAGCAGAUGAGAAUAAGAAACUACAGUUUUAUAUCAAACAGUCAGAUAAAAGAUAUGCUUUGAUAUUAAAAGAGAAAGAACAGUUGCAACUUGAGUUUAAUAAGACGGUACUUGUGAAGUCCAAGCUGGAAAAUCUGUGCCGUGAGCUGCAGAAACAGAAUAAGGCUAUUAAGGAAGAAUCCCUGCUGAAAAUCCGGGAAGAGGAAGAGCGCCGCAAGGAAACGCAGGCCAAGUUCCAAAACACAUUAUCAGAAAUCACAGCACUGCUCCAACAGAAUAAUGAGAAGAAUGCUAAGCUCCGAGACGACAACAUCAGCAUGAGUGAAAAGUUUAAGAGUGUUGUGCAGCAGUACCAGCUUAGAGAACAACAGGUGGACAAAAUGGCGAAACAGAUGGCUUUAGAAUCUCAACUCUCGGACGCUAAGCUGCAGAAGGCCAGCCUGGAACACCAAGCAGACCGCGAGCGAUUGAUGGCUGAGAUGGAACAGAUAAAAGUGAAUGUGGCGCAGUACAGGGCCAAGAUAGUGGAACUACAGGGAACUGAGACAAAUCUCCGUAGUCAGUUAGCAGUGUAUACUGACAAAUAUGAUGAGUUCCAGAAAGCUUUAGUGAAGAGCAACCAAGUGUUUGGUGGUUUCAAGGAACAGAUGGAAAUGAUGACGAAGAAGAUCAAGAAGCUUGAGAAAGAGUCGCUGUCGUGGAAGAAGCGCUGGGAGACAUCACAGACCGCGCUCAUAGAGAUGUGCACCGAGAGACAAGCUGGAGAGGAACGAGCUGCGGCCAGCGCCAAGCACCUGCAUCACAUGCAGGGGCUGUGUCGCAUGCUGCAGGCGGAGCGCGCGGCGCUGCUGUCGACGCUGAAGGAGCACAACAUCGAGCGGCCGCCGCUGCCCACGCCGCCGCCUGCGCCCGCGCCGCCGCCCGCGCCCGCGCCCGCCUCCAACGCCAAGGUUGACGCCAUGGCGGCAAACUGCGCACAAAUCAGACAGAGUCUCGCACACUUACAAAGUCAACUAAAUGUGCUUACGAGCAAACAGCAGAACAGCACACCAGAGGAACCGCCCAAGCCGGACAAACCGAAGAAAUCCAAGUCCAAAAAGAAGAGUCAGAAGGCUCAGGAGAAACUCGAAGCUGAGGAAGUUGCCAAAGAAACAGAGGAAAGCCAACCCAGUGCAAGUGAGGAGAAAGUAGAAAGUGCUUUGGAAAAUAGCGAUGAAAUCGAUGAUAAAACACUAGAAAGCCUAAUUGAAGCCAUAAAUAGCGCCAAUAUCAAUCUUUGCGACCUAGAAGUAGGCAAUGGCGAAAAUGAUGAUGUACUUGAAGAAAUACUAAAAGGUGUAGAAAGUACAACACUAGAAAGCACUGACAUUGAUAGCCCAGUAGUUGAACCACCUAGUGUUGCAAAUAAUGGAGACAUUUUAAAAGAGGAAAUGUCUAAAAUUGAAACUUUAGUAACAGAAUUAAAUGAAACUGAAGAUAAACCCGAAGUAACAGAGAAAGUUGAAGAAGUAGCUAAGAAUGUUGAAGUUUCAGAAGUAGCUAAGAAUGUAGAAGUUUCAAAAGUAGAAAGUGCAAAAGUUGAAAUUGCUAAAGAAGAAAAAACCAAUAAGGAGAAUGUGGAAGUGACAACUGUUACAAGCGAAUCAUAAGGCCUAAGCAAAGAUGAAGAGACAAUACUGCCCAGACAGAGCUGUUAACUGAAUUAUUUUAAAUCUUAUACUAAUAACUUAGGGUUUGUAUUUCAAUGCUAUUAUGAGAUUCAAAGCACUGCUACUGACAAGACAGUAUAGUCAACAUGGUCUUACUACUGUUGCUAAGCCAUAAAAAAUUAUAAACCCUAAGUUUAUUAAAAUAAAGUUCAAAAUAAUUUAACAACCUUGCUGCAUUAAGUACUGUCGGUGAAUUUCGGCCUCGUGUCCAUCGUUGAUCUGUACAUAGUGUUUGAACUGUCUUUUCUACGUUUAUAUAUAGAAUAAUCGUUUUUAUAAGUGUUUCAUUGUAUGUGUGCGUUUUAAAGUGGCUUUUAUUUAAGAAGACAUAAGUGCCAUUAUGCUGUGGAAACAUUUAGGCAUCCACUUCACCAAAUCUUGAGUAGGUGUCCUGUAAUGAAAUUGGCAUUUUGAUAAGCUUCUGAAGUCAAACUGUUACAUUUCAGGUUUUCUCUGUAAUUAGCCAAGGCAUUUUAGUCCUUCCACCCUGGCAUAAUCUAGCAAAGGUAUAUCCUACUACCAAAUUUCUAAAUCACACUAGCGUAAUCUUGUAAAACUUAUGUAAAAGCCAUUUCAAAGCGUUUGAUGUUAAAUAUUGCGCCAUUUUAGUUUUCUCGCGUGUUUUUGACGGAUCGGCUUUGUUACAAUCAGCAUUCAGUGUCUAGUCAAUGAGUGAAACGCGUUAUUUUAAUAAUAAACAUAAUACUGACCGUGUAUUGGCUUGUCCUUUCCAAAUCACUAAGAUUAUUACUUAUGUACAUUAUCAAGCAUUGAUAACGUAUUUAUUAAGUUUCUUGCUACUCAUCAGUGGCGAAGGGUGACAUUGUUCAAAAGGCAAUCCACAGCAAAAAAAAAUGCAUCCGUUUACAUGUCGCAGCCAAUUUAACCGGAAAACAACAACUAAAGCAAACGUAAAUAACCUAAAAGGGAAGCCGGUAGGAAUCGCGUUGUGUGGACGCCACUGCUACUCAUAUGUGUAGAUUACGUGUUUGUCAGUGACGAAAGGAAUUUUUAAAAGGUAACCCGAGUCAAUAUUACCUUAGUUAACAUAUCGCGGUCAAUUUAAUAGAAAACGGAGCUUAAAUUAAUUCGGUGCUUGACACUGAUAAUCCAGCAUAUAAAAAAGGAAGUUCUUACCAGCACCAAUCCUGAAGAUCCGCCGUCCUGCAUUACAAAAGUCACUGGCGAGAGCGAGAGGCGACACGACUCACAAUCAUUGAGAAUUAAAGAAUUACAAUUUAGAUAACAGAAAACGAAAACUAAGACAAACGUAAAUAAACCUUAAAGGGAAGCCGUUAGGAAUUUGGUUGUAUGGACGCUUCGCCACACUAGUUGCACUCAGUAAGCCUUUGCACCAGAGACGAUUUUAGCUUGCAAAGAUUUUAAUGUGGGUUCAACAAUCUCGGAAGAUUAUCAGAAGAAUCUAUAGCAUAAUUCAUUGUAGCAAAAGCUAAGUAUAUAAAAAGUUACCGAAAACGGACGUAAAAUAUUUUUGACCCGUGUUUGACCUAAAGCAGGCCCCAGACGUAUUUAAUCAUUAAAAAAUCUAGAGAUUUUGAAAAAUCGCUUGUCAGCAAUGUCUAUAGUGUCGAAGAUUAUCUGGUUUUCUUGCCUCCGGGUCAAAUCAAUAAUUCUCAGUUUCGAGUUGCCAUGCUUGAAUCCCGUCGCAUGAAAUGAAAUUGAGGUUUUCUGGUCAGUAUUAGUUUGAAGUCUGAAAUUGUGUCCAGUAAAUUGUAAUAGACCUUACAAUGGCCAAGUGUACCUAUAACUCGAUUCCUAUCGGCUUCCCUUGAUGUUGAAUUUAAUUUUCAUUAGAACGAUUUGCAGCUGCAUUAAUGCAUUAGUACCAAUAUGUUGUGUCGGGUUCCUUUUCAGAUAAUUUCACCUUUCGCCAGUGAGGCCCUAUUACAUAAGACCUAACAUGACUGUAGUAAAGUAGGUAUGUUACACCUAAAAGAAAAAACAAAAAACGCGUCAUUAUAUUACUUUAGUGUUGCUAUUUGUAUGAACAGGCGCUAUUAGUCUACCUAAACUUUCAAGUUAUAUAGAAUACUAGGUGACCCGGAGAACUUCGUACCGUCAUAUUAUUUCUUUUGUCUCAUUCGCACACUCAGUUUUCUGAGAUUUUUAAUUGCUAAUAUCUUUUUUUUGACAAUAACGAACAAAUAAAGGAAAGAUUUAUCAAAUUUAGUGCAAUCGUUUGGAAGUUACACGCGUACAAACAUUUCGGUAAUUCAUUUUUAUUUAUAGUUUUCGUAAUUUUUCAGGUGUACGUAUAGCAUUUCAAAGUUAUGUAUCUGAAAUAACGCAUUUCAUCAUUCAGCUAAUUUCAGGACAUUAAGAGGAUGUUUCAGUAUUAUUUUUGGAUUUAAUUUACUGAUACUGUAUGAAAAAGUUUUGUAAGGAUAAAAUCUAUGGCGGCUUCGCAUUACACAAUAAAAACUAGGAAAACCAAACUAUACCACGCAAAAUUGAUUUAUCAUAGUAGUUCAAUUAUUUAGGAGUUUUAAAUGUCAUCUGACUUAUAAAUCAUAAUACCAAUACAACAGCUUCCCCCAGAGGCAAUUCUUGUGCGCUUGUUCUCCACACCGAAUGCACGCCCACGCACGGGGGAUUUGUCACGGCCCUAGGCACACAGUGAAGUGUGUAUACCCCAUGGUUGCAAUUACACAUAGGGGCCUACGAGGGACUCGUGAACAUUUCCGCUCCAAUUCAUUCCGCCCAUCCUAUUACUUCCUCUUCCUUCCCCUUCUUUCCUCCCCUAUUUCUCCUCUUCCUCUCUUCCUCCAGGGCCCCGCAGUUGCUAAGCCGGGGGGAACCAGUAUACCGUUCGCAGGUUUCCCUCGGAGUUGACUGCGGGAUCUGUACUUAAAAAAAAUAAUGCUUAGAUGAUUCAUCGUGUUACAGUUGAAUCAGGAAUAAAGGUCAACUGACUAAUCAAUCAUACCAGCCCAGUACUAUAUACUGUCCCACUGCUGGGCACGGGCCUCUACUGCUGAGAAGUUGUAGAUCUUAACAUUUUACAAAGUCUGCAAUGUUGCGCGUCAAGUGUUGCCAAUUCUGCCUAAUUUAGAAAUAUUCUCGGCCUGCAAAGUAUAUUUUAAGAUGUAGUUCGGUAAUUUUUUUGUCGUCUCGAGACGAAAAUAAUUUAAAUAUUAAUAUACAAAUUGUGUAUAUUUUCAAUAGUUAUAUAAAAUUGUUUUUAUCUAAUAAACUUUUUAAAAAUGUUUUUUCUUCGUGAAAUGGUAUUUUAAUAAAAUCAUUGCAGUCUAUUGAGUUUUUGUGAAUUUAUGCGAAUUGAACACUUUAUAUUCAAUUUGUGCAUGGCCUAGUGGUGCAGUGCGCAAUGAGGGGCGGGAUCGAUUCCUGACUAUUGAGAUGCUCGUAGUUUCUGGUAUCCAUAAGACGUGUAACUUUAACAAACUGUUGCGUGUAUUUAUUUAAUGAAUAGUUUUUUCGUGAUCCCACUCGAGUAAAAGUGCGGCUUUAGAGCCCCAUUGAGAACUCUCAGAGUUAAAAAUUGCCGUUUAUGUUAGUCCAGAACAGCCCAUGUAUGUGCCAAAUUUAAUAUUAAUCAAUUCGUUGAUUUUACGUUAACUUCUUACAAACAUCUAAUCAUCUUCAAAAUACUUUAUUCUUACGAAUAUAACAUAGGAUACUUCGACAUUUACAUGCUGUGUAAAAUUUAAUCCGCCAUAGAUUUUAGUCCCAUGCGUUAGAAUAAAGAAUACUGUCCAAAACACAAUGUUUUUAUUUGUAACAGCCAGCUGUUUUUAAUUUUUGUAUAAAAUAAAAUAAGAUUUUGUAACGAA